AUGACGGCCUCCGUGGGUAAGGCUGAGGCCUCGCGCGAUGGUUCGACGUCGUCUAUCGCAUCUUCGCCCGAGCCAGGCCAGGCCGAGACUUACACCCAUGAAGAACCGCAGCAGCAGAAGCGCAAGGGCGGGCGCAAACCUUCAAUUGAAAUGUCAGAGUUGAGGCUAACCAAGCGCUGUAAGAUAUAUGCGACUUCUGAAGAGCGCAAGCAACGCAAUAGACAGGCGCAAGCAGCCUUCCGCGAACGACGCACAGAGUACAUCAAACAGCUCGAGAGCACCAUCAAGCACCAUGAGGAGACGCUGCAGAACCUGCAGAACAGUCACCGCAAUGCUGCCGACGAGUGCCUCAUGCUCAGGUACAAGAACUCUUUGCUGGAGAGAGUCUUGCUAGAGAAAGGCAUCGACGUCCAGGCCGAGCUGCGCGCGAAGACUGGUAGCCCCAACCUGGGCCCCACGAGGCCUCAAACCUCUGUACACAACUCUCCCAACCAGGCCCCUUUGCAGCAACGUGCCAUCUUGAACAGACAGCAGCAGAGGCGGUCGCUUCAAGGUCCGCCCAAGGUCGAUGGUAUCAAUGGCUUGCCCAUGAUACAGCCUGAUGGCCCGAUUCACCGUUCACCAUUGUCGCAGCCCACUCCUGGCUCACACCUCUCCUCGCCCGCUCAAUCGGCCACGCGAUCGCCCAACUUCCCUCCAAAUGGACAAUCAGUGUCGCCCAACUUCGGGCCCAUUCCUCCGCAGCAGCAACAGCAAUUGCGUCCUCUACCACCUCGGUCCAACUUCACACCCCUGAUGGGUCCUCAAAGACCUUCCCUAAUAACGAACCACCCUCCAUCAAACAGCAGAUCAAGCACAUCUACUGUUGGUAGCAGCGGGACUGGCAUGACGCAAAGCAGUGGCCCCUCUUCGUACUAUCCGACUCAGUUCUCGGAUCACAUGUCUCAACUCGAGCAAGAGUAUGAAGAUCAAGCAGACAACUACGAACAUGAAGAGCCAAGCGAUCAGUCGGCUGGCCCCGGACCCUUCCCGCAGCAAACCUUCCCGAUCUCGAAUAGCAUGCCACCACCCAUGGCCCCCACACAACACCCUCCAUAUCCGAGCGCAGCCGCACUAGCACCUAAUGAUGGGGGUCAUGUUUUCAACAGUAACAUCAACCAACAACUCUUUGACCCAUACGAUCCUAUGUUAGACGCAGAUCCCUUUGGACUGUCCGCAAGCAUGCAUUUCCCAACCAUGUACGAAUCGAGAUGA